UUUUAAAACAUUUCCAAUCCUAUUUUUUUCAAUUUCUUUCUUUUUCUUUCUCCUUCACUUUUUAUAUAUAUAUAUAUUUUUUUCCUUCCUUUCCUUUAUUUACAAUGAAGUGUCACCUUUUGAUACUAUUUGCUGCUGUGAUCUUACUUCAAAUAUCUACUGUUCAGUCUGAUGCUCUUUCUGAUCUUAUAGGUGGUGGUUCUUCUGCUAGUAGUGGAGGAGGAAACAACAAUCCUGCUGCUGGCUCAAGUGAUCCUACUCCUUCUGCUUCUUCAGGGGGUCGAGACUCUUCUUCUUCUGCUCCAACUCCAACUUCUUCUGAUACAGUACCAAGCUCAAGUGCACCUGUACCUUCUUCAGAAUCUUCCAUUCCUUCUUCUUCAGCUCCUCCACCUUCGUCAUCAUCAGCUCCACCGCCUUCUUCUUCUUCAGCUCCUCCACCUUCUUCUUCUUCAGCUCCUCCUCCUUCUUCUUCUUCAGCUCCUUCUUCUUCUUCGUCUCCAACACCCACUUCUUCUUCUCGCUCACAUUCUAAAUCCUCUUCAGCUUCCAACACUUCUUCCUCCUCAAGUGAUACAUCCUCUCCUACAGCUACUCCUUCCAACAGCAGUGAUGAUAAUAACACAACAGGUACUAUUGCAGGUGCUGUCGUCGGCGGAGUUGUGGGAUUGGCUCUUAUUGGUGGUCUCUUGACAUGGUUGAAUCGUCGUGGUGGCUGUGCCAGUCGACGUAACAAACGUACAAAUAACGAUUUUGAAGAUUUUGGUUUGGCAGAAACAGAUUUUCCUCAUCAUCGAUCACCUGCUAUGGCUGCUGCUGCUACGCUUGGAGCCUCUUCUGUCGCCACUAGCAACAAAUCACCUACUAUUCCAAGAAUGAAUGAAGCUACUACUGGAUAUUAUAAUGCUGCACCUGGUGGUAUGGUUCCUCCUCCUGGUGAUUACGAUAGUGGACGUCAUUAUGCACCUUAUCAACCUCAAUUGGAUGAUUAUGCCAUGCAACAACAACAACAACAGCAACAAGGUUACUAUUAUCCUCAACAUCCUGAUCAAGGUCAAGGUUAUUAUGAUGAUCAAUAUUAUUAUGAUAAUCAACAUAUGGCUGCGGCCGGACAUGAAUAUGAUCCAUCUCAAAUACAACAGCAACAGCAACAACCACCUCAACAACCUCAACAAGUCUUCUCACCAACCGAUCAUCACAAACCUGAUCAAGUGGAUAAACCAAAUGAACGAUACUAAUUGGACCAGCAUCAUUAUUACAUCAUUUUGCUCUGCAUUUUUAUGUUAUACUUAUAUCCUGGGAUGAUGAUAAAUCAAAUUUGGAUUCUUCUCA